CCUUCGUCAGAAUCCUACUAGGGUUACGCUUCUCCAAGAUAUAUAGCUACCCAUAUUCAGAACUCGACCCUCUCUUUAGAAGCCGUCGCACUCCUCCUCCUCCCUCAUCUGUCAGUCUCUCUAGUUUGGGAUUUUGUUGGAUUUUUCUGUCCGCAAUGGGAGUUUUCACGUUCGUGUGCAGGAGCUCCGGCGAUGAGUGGACCGGUAAAUCUCUCUCUGGGGAGCUCGAGGCCUCGGCUCCCUCCACCUUCGACCUCCAGAGGAAGCUCGUCCAUACCGCCCUCUCCGCUGACUCUUCUGGUGGGGUCCAGUCCUCCUUCUCCCUCGUUACCCCUACCUCCGCCGUAUUCCAGGUGAUUAUUGGUGGUGCUUCCGGUGGUGCUUUCAUUGGAGGUGGCGGAGCAGCUGCAGCUUCUGCAGGAGGUGCAGCUCCAGCUGCUGAAGCAGAGAAGAAGGAAGAGAAGAAAGAAGAGAAGGAGGAAGAGAGUGAUGAUGACUUGGGAUUAUCACUCUUUGAUUAGUGAAUUUCACGAUAACUUGUCUACUAUGUCCUAGUUUUACUUCCAUCUUUUUUGUUGGGUCCUUGUUACUUAUUAAUAGUUUUAAACCUUUGUUAAUUGGAUUAUGUUAGAGCGUGGGGGUAUCCUAUCUAGUGACAUGAUAAAAUUUUGUGCUGAGAUUUCUUUGUUGGGAAAUAUAAUUGUCUGUUUCCUUUUAAGUUUCUCUGA